CCCCGCGCCGCGGCGUCCCCGCGCCGCCCGCGCCGCGGGUGCCGGGUUCCGGCGGCGGAGGAGGCGCGGCGGGGGAUGCUGCCCGGCGGCGCGGCCCAGGCGGGCGGGGCGCUGCGGCGGGUGCUGCGGGCCGGCGCGGCGGCCAGGUACAAAGUGAUGAAGAACUGGGGCGUUAUAGGGGGAAUCGCUGCCGCUCUUGCCGCGGGGAUCUAUGUGCUCUGGGGCCCCAUCACGGAGAGAAAGAAACGCAGGAAAGGGCUCGUACCUGGCCUUCUCAACUUAGGAAACACCUGUUUCAUGAACUCUUUGCUGCAAGGCUUAUCUGCAUGUCCAUCUUUCAUCAAGUGGCUGGAGGAAUUUACAGCACAAUACAAGACAGACCAGAACCAGUCCACUGAGCAUCGAUACUUAUCCCUUACUUUGCUGCAUCUUCUAAGAGCUUUAUCUUGCCAAGAGGUAACAGAAGAUGAUGUCCUGGACGCAAGCUGCUUAUUAGAAGUUCUAAGAAUGUACAGGUGGCAGAUCUCAUCAUUUGAAGAGCAGGACGCUCAUGAACUAUUUCAUGUCCUUACCUCUUCACUAGAAGAUGAACGGGAACGUCAGCCGCGUGUCACACACUUGUUUGAUGUGCAUUCACUGGAGCAGCCAGAAAUAACCCAAAAGCAAAUAAGCUGCAGAACAAGAGGUUCUCUUCCCCCUAUGUCAAAUCACUGGAAGUCUCAGCAUCCUUUUCAUGGAAGGCUGACUAGCAACAUGGUUUGCAAACACUGUGAACACCAGAGUCCUGUGAGGUACGACACUUUUGACAGUCUCUCACUGAGUAUUCCAGCAGCUAUGUGGGGUCGUCCUAUGACACUGGAUCACUGUCUCCAUCAUUUCAUCUCCUCUGAAUCUGUAAAGGAUGUUGUAUGUGACAAUUGCACUAAAAUUCAGGCAGAAGGGACUCUGCAAGGACAGAGCAUAGAAAACCAGAAAACAACAUUUGUUAAACAAUUAAAGCUAGGAAAGCUCCCUCAGUGUUUGUGUAUCCAUCUGCAAAGACUGAGCUGGUCAAACCAAGGCACUCCUCUGAAACGUCACGAACAUGUACAGUUCAAUGAGUUCCUGAUCAUGGACAUCUACAAAUAUCACAUUCCUGUUCAUAAAUCAAGCCAGAAUGAUCUGAAUCAGAAAAACCCUGAAGAGAAAACCUCUGAAACAAAGGACAGGACAGCAGCAAAACCUUCAGAUGCAGAGCAGCCAUGUAGCACUAAAUCACUCUUUAUGAAUGGUGCCUGCUCCCCUUCAUUUUUAAUGUCCUCGGGAACUUUUCCACUUACUGUGUUCCCUGAAUGCAGUUCCCCUGUAUACCUUUACCGUCUGAUGGCAGUUGUAGUUCAUCACGGAGACAUGCAUUCUGGACACUUUGUGACUUACCGUCGCUCUCCACCUUCUCCUAAGAACCCGCUCUCUAUCAGCAAUCAGUGGUUGUGGAUUUCAGAUGACACUGUUCGCAAAGCUAGUUUGCAGGAAGUCCUUUCUUCUAGUGCUUACUUGCUUUUUUAUGAGCGUGUUCACUCAAGGGUACAGCACCAAAGUUUGGAGUUGAGGGCCGAAGAGUGACUAAGAGAGAUGAAGAAGGACAAAAGCUGACAAAAAUCCCUCUAAUGAGAUCUACGUUGCACCUCCUGUCUGUUAUGCAAAUAACCCACCACAGGCCCUUUAACUUUCCCCUUCCUCUAUGGCAAUGGCUGGCUCCUGCUGGGAGUUAAGUGUUUCAUACCAAAAUGAUGCUACCCAAAGUCGGUCUGCUAAUGUUGUGCAGUCCAAAGUGUAUCUGCAUUAGAGAAGCAUUUAUUCUGUUUCGGUAGUAUUUUGUCUGCAUCACAGCUCUGAAACAGACAUUUCAAACAGAGACUUCUCAAGGCCAUGUUCCUUACCCUGAUGCAUAUGUAAGUUUUCAGAUGGAGAUGCUUAAUCCCAUAUGUUUCACUGCAGACGUUUCUCAACAGGUGAGCCCCAGAAGUGGUUGAUAGGAAGCUACUGUUAUCAAAGGCAAUGAUUUUAAAAACAAUAAAGUGCCUUGAGCUUACUUGAAUGGUCACAUUAUACCAUUGUCUGAGUCUGCUGCAUGUCAGUUACGUUCUGAUAAACGUCUCUCAAGAUGAUGGGAAGAACUACUAACCGAGUCAGAUUUAAUAUCCUGGCUAAUCAAUAAAGCAAGGCAUCUCUGUGUAGCAUGCAUGAUCCAAAAAACUACUUUUCUAUUUAUGUUGUUUUCCUAACAUUUCAAUUCUUUAUACAGCGUAGAAAUACCUCUACUGAUUCAAACUGCAGUUUUCUUUUUCCAGGAAAAAAGAUGAAAUUUUUAAUCGAAAGCUGAGACACUGAUUUGUUGCUCUGUAUCUUUGGAAUUUAGGUGAAAUUAAGAGACAGAAGCAUGCUAACAAUCAGUAUUGUAAUUUCCUUUGUCACUAUGAAACUGUUGAGUAAUAUUGCUUGUAGUAUUGACUACACCUUUUAACGCUAUUAUUUCAAGGCUACUGUAAUUGGUGUCCUAGACUUACCCUUCCUAUUUUAAUGCUGAACACUGCCAUUUUUCAUCAUCCAGUCAAAUAUAUGCUGUCUGGCUUGCAAUAUAGCUUGUACUGGUUGUAAUUGUGAGCUGAGGUGUAUAGCAACCCAAGCAUCAUUGUAAGUUAGAAUACGCACAGUUGAAUCAGGACUGGUAGGCACUUGUCUGGUGAAGUAGUACAGUAGUCUGAAAAGGCUAGUGUCACUGUUACAUACUUCUAUUUAUAUGGAGGUCUGUUUAAGUUGUACUUUGCUGCUCUGUAGACUGUUUGAGUAAAAAAACCCAGACAAACCACGGAGGGAGCAGAAGCAAAAAUUACCCUUUUGACUGCUUCUGAAUUAUCAGGAAUAAAGUACGUAGGCUAUUUUUAGCUCUUUUCUAUCCUUGUACCUUAGAGGCAAAAAAGAUUUAUUCUCAGACUAGCUUUUUCAGUGUAAAACAGCAACUAAGUUUUCAAAUGGUAACAACUGUCUUAAUAGUUUUUUAGAGCAACUUUGUACCUUAUGUAUUCAUAUAACUGCCGAAAGCUCAUAGGCAUUCAGAGUUCUUCAGUGGGAGGCUUGAAACCCACUAAAAUAGGAAUAGUAAUAAAUAUAUAUGAAAACCUAUAUACUAUACUUCACUCAUCAUUCCAGAGCACGGAUCACAAUGCCUGCUCCAAGUAACGCUCAUAGUAUAUAAAACAGUCUAGAUAAAUCCACUGACGUAUUAGUUCCUGAGAAGCCUCUCUCUGUACUAGGGUAGCAGUAGCAUGUUUUUAACCUUUCUACUUUAACUUAUGGGAAAAAUAACAAGAAGGCAAAAAAAAAAAAACCUAAAAUGAUGCAAAAUGCCAAAAACAUUCUGGCCAUUGAACUAAGAUCUAACAAACUUGCAAAAGGUAAGAGAAGAGAAACUCCUCCACUCUGGACAGCAGGAGUGUGCAGUAGGAGCUCUGUAAAGCAGUGUUGGUGUCACCUAAGGAAAAAUAUCAUGCAAAGCAUCUAGCUCCAACAAUUCUACCAUUUGUACCUCAGAACUUCAAAACAUUUCCACUGCCGCUAGUAUAUAUUCUGCAAUACCUCCUCUCAGCAUGGUCUGUUUAAGAGGUUUUCAGCUCUGUGAAUCUUUGUGAAGCUCAUCUGAACGGGUCGCCCUGUUUAGAAAGCAGUAAUGCUGGAGUCAGAAUAUACGCACACUAUGGACUAACAGUCUUAAGCUCGUCAGCCUACAACAGUGACAUGAAGCCACAUAUUACUGCAAGUUUGCAUGUUUAAUAUUAUUCUUUUCCUUUUGCAUAGAACUGCUUUCCAGCAGGGGCCAGUUUGAUGAGAAUGAAAGCACAGUCACUCUAAGACAUUGAUAAACUGCUCUUUUUCAUUCAGCUGCAAAUUUACUCUGCAAGUUUCCUCAAGGGCUAUAGAGAUGCGGGUUGAGCCAUGCUAGAUACUCUCAGCCUAAUCUGAGCAUCAAAGACUUUUGCAGAUGUUUGCCACCUUACCCUCACCUUUUGAAUUCAGUGGGCUCUGUGCAGGCACAUGAAGCUCAUCAAACGCUGUAUUUGUUAUGCACAAGCUUCCGUGGUGGAAAAGGUGUUAAUAAAGUGUAAAAGGUUAUAAAACACCAGAUAUAUGGGAAACAGACCUCCAAGAUGACAUCUCUGUAUUUGGAUUAUUCUUGUUUUAUUGUGUGCAUUAUUUAAAGUGUAUAUUAGAGUCAAACCACUACACUGCUGUUGGAAGUUGUGUUUUCACUUCAGGGUAUUUUUGUAACUGUACAGUAGCAAUAAAAGAACAAACUUACUAGUAAAACUAA